AAUAAAUUAUUCUUUCUCCUCAACCGAAUCAAUAUGAAGAUAAAAGGGGUAAUUUAGUCUUUUCGAAUUCGUUUUUCUUACCGAAUCUCUUUAGUUUUUUUUCUUUCUUUUGUGUGGAGGAGAGAAGAGAACGCAACACUUUCUUCCCAAUCUCUCUCUGCUUUCUCUCUCUAGACGUGAUCUCUAAUUCUCUAAUGUCUUCCUGCAUUGCCAUUUCCUCUAACCCCUCCACAAUCGGAGGAAGACGAUUCCUGGGAGCAAGAGAAACGAUGGGACUUCCCAUCGGAAAAUCUCUUAGAGUGAGAGAAUUAUGGUGUGUUCUUAAUGCUUAAUAAUCACCGACACAGCCAUUGUUCUUCAUCAUCUCCAUGGAUUUUGAUUCCAUUUCUCGGGAAAGCACUUUUCUUUCCCCAUUGCUUAACCAAAGUACCAUCCUUUAUUCCCUCUCUGAUGUUCUGAUUCAAUCUUAAAAACCUCAGCUUGAAUUUUUGUUGUGGGGUUUUGGUUGGGUUUGUGAAUUUUAGAUGCAAUGUGGCAAAUGAACUUGGGAUCAGAUGAUACAAUGGGUGUUGAUGGGUCUUAUCCGGAACGUCACGGAGAGCCAGAUUGUGCUUAUUAUAUAAGGACUGGACUUUGUAGGUUUGGUUCAACUUGCCGAUUCAAUCAUCCUCACGACCGGAAACUGGUUAUAGCAACUGCAAGGAUUAAAGGAGAAUACCCUGAAAGAAUUGGUCAGCCUGAAUGUGAGUUUUAUCUGAAGACAGGGACCUGCAAAUUCGGAGUGACUUGCAAGUUUCAUCAUCCUAGGAACAAAGCUGGUAUUGAUGGAAGUGUAUCAGUUAAUGUCUUAAGCUAUCCUCUACGUCCGAACGAAGAUGAUUGCUCUUACUUUUUGAGAAUUGGACAAUGUAAAUUUGGGGGAACUUGUAAAUUCAAUCACCCUCAGACUCAAUCAACCAACUUGAUGGUUUCUGUUCGUGGCUCUCCGGUUUACUCUGCUCUUCAAUCUCUAACUGGUCAACCGUCUUAUUCUUGGUCGAGAACAUCUUUUGUUGCAAACCCUCCUCGUUUGCAAGAUCCUUCUGGUUUCGCUUCAGGAUCUCAAGGAGGUCUCUUCUCAUCCGGGUUUCAUUCGGGAAAUUCUGUUCCGCUCGGGUUCUAUGCAUUACCUAGAGAGAAUGUAUUCCCGGAAAGACCAGGCCAACCUGAAUGCCAAUUCUACAUGAAGACAGGAGAUUGCAAAUUUGGAACAGUCUGCAAAUUUCAUCAUCCUAGAGACAGGCAAACCCCUCCUCCUGAUUGUGUCUUAAGCUCGGUUGGCCUUCCUUUACGCCCGGUAAGCUAAUAAAAGACUUCAGAUUCUUUCCUUUAUAGUCUCAUUAUGUGGUUUGGUAAAUUCUUGUUGCUGGUUUGAAACAGGGAGAACCACUGUGCGUGUUCUAUUCUCGGUAUGGGAUCUGCAAGUUUGGUCCAAGCUGUAAAUUUGAUCACCCGAUGCGAGUCUUCACUUACAACAACAAUACUGCAUCUCCUUCUCCUUCAUCAUCUCUGCAUCAAGAGACUGCAAUCACCACAGAGCUCAGGAAUCUCCUAGUCUCUUCUUCUGUGGAAGCAAAACCCACAUCACUCCCUGAAACAACCUCUGCUAAAGACACCAUUGUUGAUGCACAGCACUGAAAACCCUGUGUUUUGUCUAUCUUGAAACAAUAUGUAACAUUUGUUUUGCUUUAUCUUGUAAGCAUUUAUGUACAGAGAUGAUAUCUGAUCUAAUCUGAUUCGCCUUUUGUUGUAAUUUUCUAUUGGCAACAGUUUGUGC